AUGUCCAGAACUAUUCCAUUUCUAUUUAAAUUAGUCAACAGGGCAGUAAUUUUGCCUACGGCAGGUUUUACAUUAGGAGUUGGUGCGUUUGUAAAGGCGUGGCCCGAUGAUGCCGGUGUUCUAUCAUUGAAUGAUCCGCAAACGCCAGCGGAGUUGAUUAGUGCGACCAAGAGCCGCCAACCUAUGGAGCUGCAGAGGGUUGACAUCCUCGCUCAAAUCGAGAAAAGCGAGGUUUACAACAAGUUGGCCCAGGAUGAGAAGAUGCACCAUGUCUUAUUCAGUGAGAAAAUACCAAGCGGGCAUAGGGAAUAUCAUGUAGGACAAGGCCUCUUGUUCGGCAAGGGGAAGCUUGAAAUUGAUCCUUUGGUGUUCCAUGAUGUGAAUCACGGUGAAUUAACCGUGAUUUAUCACUUAGGUGCUGAGUUAGGGAAUCGAGACGGUAACGUCCAUAAGGGCUUGUUGUCAUUGUUGCUGGAUGAAGCAUUGUGCUAUUGUGGCUUCCCUUUGUUGCCUAGUAAAAGAGGUGUAACUGCAAGGCUGUCGCUAGAGUUUUUUGAGGACAUUCCUGUAGAUACUACGAUUAUACUAAAAGCAAACGUCAAAGAGAUUAAAGGCAGAAAGUGUAUCAUUGAGGGACACUUGGAACAGUUUCCGUUGGAAGUUUCUUCUCGAAAUGGAACUAGAAGUUGGAACUUACCACAUAUUUGGGGUUUCAACCAUAAGCAGGAGAUGGCAAAAAAAUUUGCCAAGGCCAAUUGUAUUCUCGUUGAGCCUACUUGGUUCAAAUAUUUUAAAUGGCUUGAUAUGUUUUGA